GCUAUGGACAGUGCCAUCACCCUGUGGCAGUUCCUCCUGCAGCUCCUGCAAGAGCCUCAGCACAAGAACAUGAUCUGCUGGACCUCUAAUAAUGGGGAGUUCAAGCUUCUGCAGGCAGAAGAGGUGGCUCGUCUCUGGGGGAUUCGAAAGAACAAGCCCAACAUGAAUUAUGAUAAACUCAGCCGGGCCCUCAGAUACUAUUAUGUGAAGAACAUCAUAAAAAAAGUGAAUGGUCAGAAGUUUGUGUACAAGUUUGUCUCGUACCCAGAGAUUCUGAACAUGGACCCAAUGACAGUAGGCAGGACGGAGGGAGACUGCAAAGCCUUCGGUGUCAGCCAUGUCGGCAGCAGCGCCAGAGACGUGGACGGUGCCGGUGCCGGCAGAGAGAAGCCGCCGCAGGCGGGGGCCAAGAGCUCAAGCCGCAACGACUACAUACACUCUGGCUUAUAUUCUUCGUUUACUCUCAACUCUCUGAACUCCUCCACUCCGAAGCCUUUCAGAUCUAUAAAGAUUGAGAAUCCAGCUGAGAAACUGGCAGAGAAAAAGUCUCAGGAGCCAACACCGUCUGUCAUCAAAUUUGUAACGACACCUUCCAAAAAGCCGCCCGUGGAACUUGUUGCUGCCGCCCUUUCGGCUGGCCCAAAUACCCCUCCAUCUCCAGAGGAAACGCUCCAAGCUCUGGAGACGCUGACUUCGCCCAGACUGCCUUCCCUGGAAGCCCCAGCCUCUGCAGCACCCGUGGUCGCUGCGGCUUUCCCCGCGCAGCCUCCUGUUGCGUCCAGCUCCCCUCUGCACGAGCCGCCCGGGACGCCAUCGCCCCCCCUGAGCUCGAACCCAGACAUCGACACAGACAUCGACUCAGUGACUUCUCAGCCAAUGGAACUUCCAGAGAACUUGUCUCUGGAGCCUAAAGACCAGGAUUCAGUUUUGCCGGAAAAGGACAAAACAAAUAGUUCGUCAAGAUCCAAGAAACCCAAAGGGCUGGAGCUGGCGCCCACCCUCGUGGUCACAGGCAGCGAUCCCAGCCCGCUGGGAAUAUUAAGCCCCUCCCUCCCCACGGCUUCCCUGACGCCAGCACUUUUCUCCCAGACCCCGAUCCUGCUGACGCCCAGCCCCCUGCUCUCCAGCAUCCACUUCUGGAGCACUCUCAGCCCUGUUGCUCCCCUGAGCCCCGCCAGGCUGCAAGGUGCUAACACGCUCUUUCAGUUUCCUUCUGUACUGAGCAGUCAUGGGCCAUUUACUCUGUCUGGCCUGGAUGGACCUUCUACCCCUGGCCCAUUUUCCCCAGAUCUACAGAAAACAUAACCUAUGCAUUUGUGGACUGGGAGAACCGAGGAAUCACACAGUGACUUUCAAGAUGAUUUCCUCUGAAGCAAGCAAGCGAGUGGUGGUUCCUGGAUGCUGACUACAGGCUGCUGUGACUGCUGUCUCUCUCUGAAGUGCCGCUGUAGGACUGCCUGUGCAGAGACUCAAGGUGGCCUGUGUAUAAAAUGCCUUAACUGGGGUCCAAACUUAUCUCCCUCUUUUAAAAAAACAUAUUGAGCUUUAUUUUAAAAGAAAUUUUGGUGGGGGUUAGCAGCUAGGUUUUGCAAAAGCCAUUAAGAACAUUUACUUCUUCUACCUUAUUGGGACCCUCUGGCCAGGAAAUAAAUUAUGCUUUGAUUAUAUUGUUUAAAGAAAUCCUAGUUAAGAGACUUGGUCAGAUUUAGGGCUAAGUGUACUCUGUUGAAUACCUGAAAGUAAGCUGGGCAGAAGCGGUGGUGCAAAGGGAUGACUCCCAUUUAUGCUGAGUAAAGUGGAUCAGUACCACGGGAGCUUCUAGUCUGCUGUCAGCCGUCCGCCUCGGCGCGCCACAGAGUCGUCUCACUCAGUUUGCUCGCGGUGGGCCCCGCACCUGUGCGGCCGUGUCUGCGCUGCCGGCAGAGCAGGGAGCUCGUCUAUAGGCUUGAAGACAGUGUUUGGGACACCAGUGAGGACGCGCGAGCUAGCACGGAGGUGUCUGCCCUCUGCGUGGUCUGGGCACACGGCCGUGUGACACAGCUUGCUAGGUGACAUGUUAAGGGAACACCUGGCUUUUGAAAAUUUGAGGCAUCUCUGAGUAAAGAAUUGUCUGAUUUGAAAC